AUGACGCACGAUUCCGUUUACUACAGUCGUCCCAGGACCUAUGGCAAGGGAAGCCGCCAGUGCCGCGUCUGCGCACACAAGGCCGGUCUCAUCCGCAAGUAUGGUCUGAUUGUCUGCCGUCAGUGCUUCCGUGAGAAGGCCGCCGAUAUUGGCUUCGUCAAGUACCGGUGA